UCUGACUUCAAAAUCCUGUUUGGUCUUCCACACGAUUUGAAAAGUGAACGAACAUAUCAACUCCCUAAUCGCAGCCUUCACCUUAUUGGGUCUACGAAGCGAUUGAUCGCCUGCGGAACUGAUCGGAACCGCGUUUUGCAGACGAAGUCAAUCUAUCAACUAGGCAGUUCCGUCGCCAGUGCAGGAGCGAGAGAAAUUGGACGUCAUGGCAGCGAGGCAGCAGCAGCAGCAGCAACAGUUUUCCGGGGACCGGUUUACUUCUCACAUUGCCGGAAUGUCCAAGAGCCAGCUCUAUGACAUCAUGUCCCAGUUGAAGGUUUUGAUUGAUCAGAACCAGAAACAAGCAAGGCAGAUUCUAAUAGAAAACCCUCUUUUAACCAGAGCUCUCUUCCAGGCGCAAAUUAUGCUUGGAAUGGUGCAACCUCCACAAGUGAUGCCUAAUGUUCAGCAGCAAAUCUUGCCCCAAUCAGUACAGGCAGGACACAAGACAAUUAUUCAGACUGGUCAACCAUUGUCAGCUCAACCUGGAUUACAGGUUCAAAAAAAUUCACAACCUUCAGUCCCAGCCAAGCAGCAACAACCCCAAUACCCAUCCAUUUCCAUCCCUCCUGCUUCUGUUCCACCACCAGGGAAUUAUCAGUCUCAGCAAAUGAUUUCAAGUCCUGCACAUUUAGCACAGCAAGCUAAGGGGUUUUUCAGUGGUCCUCAUGGCCUGCCUCCCCAUUCUUCUCAGAUUCGUAACCUUUCCCACCCCCCUCAUCCUCAUUCUCAUUUCCCAAUGCUUCAAUCCCACGUGCCCAUGGUAUCUAGCCAACCACAGCCAUCUUUACAGACUCCUGGAAUGUUUCACCAGCCACUUCAACCACCCCUUCCACAGCAGCCUAGGCCUCCUAUGCAACCUUUCUCACAUCAGUUACCCUCACAGAUGCCACACGGCCUUGGUUUUCCACCAUCAAGCGCACCUCAGCAUCUUUUGUCUCCACCUUUGUUUCAUUCCGGUAGCUUACCUCCGACUUCUUUCCCACAAGGGCAACCGCCACUACCAAAUCUGCCACCACCUCAGCAGUUUUAUCAGGGUGGGUCACUAAUGAGUUCAGACUACAGAAACCCCGCAGGAACCUUCAUGCAUGCUGAAAGAGGACCUUGGAUACCAGGCUUAACAGAAAAACCCAAUGCUGGCCCAUUGGCAGGCCCAUCACCACCAUCCCUUGGCCAGAUAGCCACCGGCCCCGUUGGUCAGCCACCUCGUUUGCCACUGUUAUCACCUGAGAUGGAGAAGGCUGUACUUCAGCAAGUGUUGAUGCUCACACCCGAACAAAUUAACCUCCUGCCCCCUGAGCAAAGAAACCAGGUGCUCGAAAUUCAGGAAAUAUUGAGGUAGCACUGAUGAUGAAGUUCUCAGAGACCAAAGAUUUAAAACAAAAAUGCUUCAAAGAGUAGUUAUCAAAGCUGAUCUUAUGUUUGGGGCUUUCUCUUCUGUGAUUUGAACCUGAUCUUACUGCACUCCUUUUAUGUAUGAUCUGGCUCGCAAGUUUAACAGAUGGGUUAGUAGUUCGUAGAGAUGGCAUAGAAUUUACGAAAUUGCUGAUUUGGAUUUGAAAUUAUUUGAUAUCUUUUCCUUAUGUUCUUUAAAUUUUCAUCUGUUCAA